AUGAAGGAGACGGCAGUUGUGGCUUGUUUUCUGGCUGAGCUGUCUCUGGCUGCUUUUGUUCUGGCCUCUGAGGGGGCUGCUCAUUGCCCUGCACUGUGUCAAUGUGAGAUACGACCCUGGUUCUCACCCAGUUCUGUUUACGCCGAGGCUGCCACUGUGGACUGCAAUGACCUGGGCCUCUCAGUGCUGCCGGAGAGACUACCCUCAGAAACACAGGUGCUGCUGCUGCAGACAAACAACAUUGUUAAUGUGGAGAAGACUUUGGAUUACUUGGCCAACAUCACUGAAAUCGACUUGUCUCAGAACAACAUUUCCUCGGUGAGCCAUGUUUGUCUGGGGUCUCUCCCCCAGCUGCUGUCACUUCACAUGGAGGAGAACUGGAUUCAGGAGCUAGCUGACAGCUGCCUUGCUUCCCUGCCCAAUCUCCAGGAGUUCUACAUAAACCACAACCUUAUAGUCUCCAUUAGCCCCGGAGCCUUCCAGGGCCUGAGCAGGCUGACGAGGCUCCAUCUUAAUUCUAAUCGAUUGACAAGCAUCAACAGCCAGUGGUUCCAGCAUCUCCCCAACUUGGAGAUACUGAUGCUGGGAGAGAACCCCAUCCUGGAGCUGUCAGACAUCAACUUCAAACCUCUCGCUAACCUCCGGAGCCUGGUGCUUGCCAAGAUGAAUUUGACUGAAAUUCCAGAUAACGCUCUGGUUGGCCUCGAGAAUUUGGAGAGCAUCUCAUUUUUUGACAACUUGCUCAGUCGAGUGCCCCGAGCUGCACUGAUGAGAGUCCAGAACCUGAAGUUUCUGGAUUUGAAUAAGAAUCCCAUUGAGAGGAUCCAGAGAGGUGACUUCAUAGACAUGCUGCAUCUCAAGGAGCUCGGCAUCAACAGCAUGCCCGAGCUUGUAUCCAUUGACGGUUUUGCCCUAAACAACCUGCCAGAGCUGACAAAAAUCGAGGCCACGAACAAUCCCCGGCUGUCCUACAUCCACCCCAGGGCCUUCCACAAGCUCCCCCGGCUGGAGACUCUGAUGCUAAACAGCAACGCUCUGAGCGCACUCCACAGCGGCACCGUGGAGUCCCUGCCCAACCUGCGAGAGGUCAGUCUGCACAGUAAUCCUAUCCGCUGCGACUGUGUGAUCCGCUGGGUCAACAUGAACAGGACAGCACUGCGCUUGAUGGAGCCCGACUCCCUGUUCUGUGUGGAGCCUCCGGAGUACCAAGGCCAGCGCGUCCGACAGGUGCAUUUCAGGGAGAUGACAGAGAUCUGCCUCCCUCUGAUUUCACCUGGGAGCCUCCCGGAUCAGGUUGAAGUUAAUAAAGGGACAUCCGUGUCACUGCACUGCAGAGCGUUCGGAGAACCGGAACCUGAGAUCUACUGGGUGACACCAUCGGGUGACAGGGUCCUACCUGGGAGCGUAUCCGAUAAGUACUACAUGCACCCCGAGGGAAGCUUUGACAUAUACGACGCCACAGAGCAGGAAGCUGGCUCGUACACUUGCAUCGCCCACAACCUCGUCGGAGCAGACCUCAAGACUGUGACUGUCGUGGUGGACAGAUACAGUUCCCAGCCUUUAAAGCAACCUUUACAUGUAUAUAUCACAUCUGUCCAGACUCGUUCUGUUACGGUUUCCUGGGAGAGCACGGGUGGCUCGGUAUCACAACUACAUUGGUCUGUUUUAGCUGAUGGCGGUCGCCUCUUGAUGCCCCUGAAAGCCCGGCUUCCUGCUGAUGUCAAAGAGUACCGCAUCAAACAGCUGAAGCCUUCCACUCGUUACAAGGUUUGCGUUGAGGUCACUGCAGUGCCGCCUCAGUACGGCAGGGACUGUGUCAACGUGACCACAAAGGAGGCAGUGGUCCGAAGGGACAAAACCGAGAGCUGGGACAGGCUGGUGAUGGCUGCUUGUGCUGUGGUUUUUAUUGUGAUUGCCUUGGCUUGCUCCGUCAUCUAUACGUCUCUGUACAGCCAAGUGAUCUACAGGAAACUGAUGGCAGACCCGGCUGAAACACUUCUGAUUCACAGCUCUCAUUCCUCCUCCUCUACUUCCUUCCUGGAAUUUGGUUUGUCUGGGGUCAAGGUGAGGGCAACUGCAAUAGACUUACAGGACGACUCUAUGUGAGAAAUGUCUUUGGGAUUAAGUGAAGAUAAAGAGUGAUGGACACUGGACA